AAACCCCGUUUGGUGGCUGGGACGUGGCUGGUGCCGUGGGACUGUCCCUGCCAACCCCACCCCUCCUCGCCACCUCUCAGCGUGGGGGCACGUCCCCAGGCUCUGUCCCCUUGUGGGUGAUGGCAAUCGUCUCCUAUUUUUGUAGUAUGUUCUGGGAAGAAGUGCAGUCGCACCCCUGGGGCCCUGGGUGCCGUGCCGCACUGGGACCUUGCCCUGUGGGACAGAUGGGGGUGAUGCUUUGGGUUGCAGGGCUGCAGCUCCAGCCCUGGAGUGCCGUGUCCUGCCCAGCAGUGGGGGAGCUGCCCUGCUCCGGAAGUGCAUGCUGCCUGGCACCUGGCCUAUGGAUUGUGUUGGGGCUGAAUGGCCGGCAGCCUCUGUGUUCCGGGGAUUGGGAGCUUCCCCCCACCCCAGUAAUGAGUUGUCUCAGCCAGGUGCCCCUGUCCCCUCUGUAUGGCUUGCUGGCUUCCUUGUGCGCCUCAUCUGCUGCUUGAGCACCAUGUGGCUUCUGUCCCCCGUUACCCAUGUCCCUGUGCAACCCGUGACCACUCCGGUGGCUUGUCAUGGGGCAAAGGAGCAGAUUUGGAAGGGAGAUGGCGGGGCAGGCUGGUGGCUGUGCUCCCGGCUACAGCACGUGCCCGAGGGCUGUGCCUGUGCCACGUCGCUGGGCUGGGAUCCGCUGCUCUGGGUGCUGCGGGGUGGCACCGCUCUGGCUGGGGUUAUUAGAAUUAAUGAGGUACCGGAGCACUCCUGCUAAACAGGGAUUACGAAAGGAAAAAAUGCCUUCCCUGCAGCUACCGUGACUCAACGCUGGGUUUGGAGGCCGCGGCUCCGCACGUGUGCGCCCACGCUCCUCCCGGCCUGGGCUCCCGCAGCGGGCUCGGGGUCACGCCUACACCCCAUUAACAGUGCCAUAGGGCCGGGAGAGCGGUGGGGAGCCGCGGGGAUGGCUCUGAAGGCUGGGAUGAUGUGCAGGGCAGGGAACGCUUUGGGGAUGCUCAUGGUCAGUGGGGACCGUGCCCAGUGCCCUGUCACCGCUUCCCAGGUGGAGGCGGCGCAGGGCUGGCACCGCUGCGGCUCUCGGUGCCCUUCGUGCAGAGUGAGCUCUAUGGCCAAGCACCGUCCCCGCUGUGAGCAGCGAUUUUCCGUGCGGCGUGGCUGGCUGCAGGGCUCCUUUUCCAAAGGAGCCAGGGGAAGCUCCGGGUGGAAAGAAAGCAAGAAACCCGAUCCACCUCGCCGAGCCGAGCGCAGUUUUAUUUCCGUCGGGUCAAGCCGGCGAGGUUCCAGCCAAAUCGUAUAUUUUGGGCCAAAUGAGAAACACGUGUCAUCCGCCGAGUCCCAUAACCAGAGAAAGAUGCUGCGGGUGCAUGCUGGGUCCUGCCUGGGGCACACAGCUCCUCCUGGUGUGGUUGGGGACAGGGGGAUGCUCUGCCUGGAGGAUAUGGGAGUGCGACCCUUGCUGCUUCCAUGGGGUACCUGGCAUCACCACACAGUCGGUGUUGUCCCUGCUGCCGUGCCUUGGCUGCAACCUCAGGCCGUGUUCCUGCAGGUUAAUUUUAGCAUAAUCUCCAUUUUUUUUGAGCUCUUCUUCCCCCUCUGCGGCUGGAGCGGAGCACCCUUGCCAUGAGCUGCCUGGGGCCCCCCAUAAGGGCGGCUCUGCUCUAGGGAUGUGGUAGUGUGCACGUCUUGGGCACGUGGGGACUGUCUGGCACCUCUGUGGUGCUGUGUGGGUCUGGGGGACAGGCUGGUAUGGAGUGUGGCCAAAGAGAGGGACCACAGGGAUGGGUGGAAGGGAAUGCACAGAGUGCUGUGCUCUGGGACAUGGCAUCCCCAGCAGGGCUGCUUGGAGCUCCUGUGUUGAGAGAUUGCUCUAGGCUGUUGUCCCUGCGCAGAGAGGGGACAAGGGACGGGCAGUGUCCCUCUGAGCUUCCCCUUUCAGCUUCCCCUUUCUGCAGCCGGGUGACCUCACUCCUUCCUCCCUCCCAGCAUGGGGAGGGAGGGACGGAUGCACGCAGGCUGCCAGAGUGGUGCGUCCCCAGUGCUUGGGGUGACAGCAGCACUGGGUUUUUUCCCAGCCAUGCAGAAAUCCCUGGGUGCUGUGGCACUGCCCCGCUCUGGGCUCUGUCCCCACCUGCUGCUUCAGAAGCCAUUGGGUUUUCUCCUUUUUGGCCCAGCAGGGUUAAACCAAACCCUGCUCUGGUCAAUGGAAACUCCUCGGUGGCAACGCUACUUCUGUGCCAUGCUUUGCUCCUUCCUGGAAAUAACCACCCCAAAAAGGGGGAGUGGAUCUGCUGGGUUCCUUGGAGUGCUCAGUGGAGAUGUCCCGGCUCUUUGGGCUCCUCCCUGGCUUUAGGGAGCUGUUUUAGCUGGGGAUCCCAGCACACCCCGUGGGGGUCUCUGCGGUGGCAGCCCUGGGCUGCAGUUCAUUACUUGUGCCUUGCUUCUUCUGCAGGUGCUGGGGAGUCCGGGAAGAGCACCAUCGUCAAACAGAUGAAGAUCAUUCACGAAGAUGGCUACUCGGAGGAGGAGUGCCGGCAAUACAAAGCCGUGGUCUACAGCAACACCAUCCAGUCCAUCAUGGCCAUCAUCAAGGCCAUGGGGAACCUGCAGAUCGACUUUGGGGACUCCUCCAGAGCGGACGAUGCCCGCCAGCUCUUUGUGCUCUCCUGCACCGCGGAGGAGCAGGGCGUCAUGCCCGAGGACCUCGCCAAUGUCAUCCGGAGGCUGUGGGCUGACCAUGGGGUCCAGGCCUGCUUCAACCGCUCCCGAGAAUACCAGCUGAAUGACUCUGCAGCCUACUACCUGAACGACCUGGAGAGGAUAGCGCGGGCCGACUACAUCCCCACCCAGCAGGACGUGCUGCGCACCCGGGUGAAGACCACCGGCAUUGUGGAGACCCACUUCACCUUCAAGGACCUGCACUUCAAGAUGUUCGACGUGGGCGGCCAGCGCUCAGAGCGGAAGAAGUGGAUCCACUGCUUCGAGGGGGUGACGGCCAUCAUUUUCUGCGUGGCCCUGAGUGCCUACGACCUGGUGCUGGCAGAAGACGAGGAAAUGAACCGGAUGCACGAGAGCAUGAAGCUGUUCGACAGCAUCUGCAACAACAAGUGGUUCACAGACACAUCCAUCAUCCUCUUCCUCAACAAGAAGGACCUCUUCGAGGAGAAGAUCGUGCACAGCCCCUUGACCAUCUGUUUCCCGGAGUACAUGGGUGCCAACAAGUACGACGAGGCCGCCGCCUACAUCCAGAGCAAGUUCGAGGACCUGAACAAGCGGAAGGACACCAAGGAGAUCUACACGCACUUCACCUGUGCCACCGACACCAAGAACGUGCAGUUUGUCUUUGAUGCCGUCACUGACGUCAUCAUCAAAAACAACCUGAAGGACUGCGGCCUCUUCUGAGGGCGGCAAGGACGCACCGACGAAGGGAGGACCGCGCCCAGCGAUUCUGCUUCUCCUCUGGUUUCAUCCCCCAACCCUCUACAGAGACGUUUUGGUGACGGCCGUGGUGGCAGCGGUGGGGACGCACCGCCUGCGACUCCUGACCCAGGCCUGUCCCCCCUCGCCCCCGGUGUCCCCCCGUGCCCCUUCGCCUUCUGGGCCGGGGAUGGGAGGAUUUCUCUCUUGGUUUGUAACCGGUUGCCAUCACCCCAGCCUCUCCUUUUUAUUCGGUUCCACACCGUUUACAUCCAAAACGUCGUGUUCGCAGGGGGCACAGAGCUCCCGGCAUCGCAGGGGCCGGCGAGGGGACCCCCCCCAGGAAACACGACCGAAAACAUUCCUUUUAAUAACCAGAAAAGAAAAAAAAAAAAAAAA